UGUCAUCCGGCUCGUGUGCCGUGAUUGAAGUUUUUAAUCAUGGGAAAGUAACUUCUAAACAAAAUUCUGUAUGUACUUUAUGUAGUUAAAUAAUAGAAAACAAAUAAUGGGUGCUUCAUCGAGUGCAACUAGAAAAUUAACUAUAGAAAAUGAUGAUCCUACAAGUGUCAUCAAAGUUUCGGAAGAAGUAGUCGAUAGACUUACAGGAUCCCAAGUAAAAAGUGAAAAUGUAAAGCAACCACCUCCAAUGCCACCACCUCACGGAGGUGCUGGUCCGUUUCCCAUGUUUUGGCAUGAACCGAGCUUAAAUACUUAUCAAGUUCGACAAGCUAGUACAGCGGAAUUAAAAAAGAAUGACGAAUAUUGGCAGCAAAGGCUGAAAAAUUUAGAAGACAAACAUAAAAAAAUGAAUGAAGUAUUAGAUAAAGAGUAUGAGAAAGCUUUACAAGAAGUGUCUUCAAAAAAUUUUGCAGGUAACGUACAAAAUUUGCCUCCAUGUAAAGAUAGAGAACAUGCCGUUAUGGAGUGCUAUAAAUGUAAUCCAAAUGAAUCAAUGAAAUGUGCUAAAGUAGUUCAAGCCUUUCAAGAAUGUGUUGAUUUGAGGAGAAACUGCCUGCUUGCAAGUAAAUAUAAUUAAAGGUAUCAUUCGUUUAGCUUGCAUUUUAGAUUGUUUAAUUAUAAAUACAAUAAAUUUUGUUUACAAUAAAUUUUA